AUGAUCAUGAGUGGAAGCUUCUAUGAUUCAUGGGACUUGAGUGCUAAUCGUGCAAAUGAGAGGGGGGUCCAAAGAGCCAAUUCUACCUCGUGGACAUGGAAUGUUGUUGGAAGAACAAUGGAAAUCCAUGCAAUGGAGAUGAUAUCAUACCUUCUCAAAUGGAACCCGAAAUGCAAUGCACUUGGAGAAACAGGUAUCCAACAAAAAAAGGUGAAGGUCGGAUUGGUGAUCCAAGAACUUGGGAGCUUCAUGUUUGAAGGCUUUCUCAAUCACUCUAUUUUUAUCAGGAUCCAGGUACUAAACUUGUCGAGAGACACUGGCCAUCAAUUGACUUUGGGGACUGAAAUAAUGGACAGUUGGCAACUUUGA